UAUUGCGUCAUCAUUCCGCGCCACGUGCAAUGCAAAUGUGGAGGACAUCAUCAUUCAAGCAUGGGGAACCUUGGAGGUUUAUUUCUUUUUCUCGCGCCUCUAACCUGGUGUCAUGUUUGGGGUGUUGCAGGUCACUCUCUGCCCGCCUGCCACGAGCAGCUGGAGUUCAGAUGCAGCGAUGGCUUGUGCAUCCCAAAACCGGAGGUGUGUGACGGACACACAGACUGCAAAGACGGAUCAGAUGAACAACACUGUGUUCACCUGUGGUGUAAAAAAGAUGAAUUUGCUUGCCGCAACGGACGGUGCAUAUCUUCACGUUUCCUUUGCAACGGCGUGGACGACUGUGGGGACGGGAGUGACGAGGCCCUCUGCCAGAACUGCACCACCCCUGGCUCCUUCUCUUGCGAGCCGUCUGAAACCUCCAACCCGCAGACGUCUCCCAAGUGUACGUCUUCUGAGUUUCAGUGUGGAGACGGGCAUUGCAUUCGCCAGAACUGGAGGUGUGACAACUCACCAGACUGCUCUGAUGGCAGCGACGAGGAGAACUGUGAUCAGAACGAGUGUGAUGUCAAUAAUGGAGGCUGCUCUCAUCAAUGUGUGGACCAGAAGAUGGGAUUCCACUGUGACUGCCCUGGCAACAUGAAGCUGGUCGGGGACAGCGAAUGUGAGGAGGUCGACACGUGCCUGGAGAACGAUGUGUGUGAUCAGCUGUGUGUUCACAUAAACGGCAGCCUCGCCUGUGACUGUCACGAGGACUACCAGAUGAAUCCAACAACCAGAGAGUGCAAGGCCAAAGGGAAUGAGGCUCAGCUUUUUUUCACCUCUUCUAAGAGAAUGUGUUGGACAAGCAUCGCUGGCACCGACUACAGGGAACUGACUGCACAUUUACAAGGACCAGGCCCAGUGGCCACCUUGGUCUCUAACCAAACACUGUACUGGGCCGAGCAAGGACAAGGCUCCAUAUACAGGAUCUCCAUGGAUGGAAAGCUGCAGGAUUCAGUGUUGGUGCUGAAAGUUCAAGGUUCAGUGUCAGGCCUGGCUGUGGACUGGGUCCACCAUCUCCUCUACUGGACCAGCAUGGAGAGCGGGUCUGUUAACGUUGGCCUGCUAGACGGUUCGGCUCAGCGCCGGCUUAUCACCCGACUGGACAAACCUUCUGCAGUGGCUCUGGAUCCUCUCCAAGGGCUGCUUUUCUGGGCUCAGUCUGGCCGCCCCCCAAAGAUUGAGAGAGCUAGGUUGGACGGCCGGGACAGAAUGGCUCUGGUCACUUCAUUAAUACUCUACCCUGUCGCUCUCUCUCUGGAUAUGCCUCGUCAGCUGCUGUACUGGGUAGACCAGGGAUUGAGAAGCAUCUCCAGAGUAAAUCUAGACGGCCGUGACCGUAAGACAGUGGUAGAGUCUAACGGUUAUUUGGAUCGGCCUUUCGGACUGGCUGUGUUUGAGGGUUUUGUGUAUUGGAGUGAAGAAGUGACACGCUCCAUCUGCCGAGCCAACAAACACAACGGUGGGGACCACCAGGUACUGCUGUCAAACAUCACUUCACCAGGUGGUGUGGUCAUCAUCCAACCUGCUCUCCAACCAAACGGUCCAUCUGUAUGUGGACAUACCGGGACGCUAUGUGAUCACGGGUGCACUGUCGAUCUGCUGUCUGAGAGUCCAGAGUUCAGCUGCACUCCUCCAGAAAAAGGACAAAACACACCUCAAGAAAUUCCUGCCAUUUCUCGCACCUUUCCUACAUCAACUUUAUCUGACCCAACAUCUGCUGGAAUCCUCUCUCUUAUCAUGUUUCUUAGUGUGCUGCUGGUGGGAAUGGCUCUGUGGUGGUGGAGAGAAGAGUUCAGACCAUCCAGGUCUCUCACUGUGCAGAGCAUCUCCCUCAAAGAGUCCCAGGACCCGCUCAUCAUCCAGGGCCCGCACAUGGCUCCAAAGUGUCUUGUGAAGGCAAGAGAAGAAACUCUGUUUAAGCUGGACUUGGACGGUGAAUGAAGACGGUGCAACACAGAUGGCCAGCUGCCUGGUGCUGUCUCAAUCCCCGCAGGGACCUCAAGGCUGACAGACGACAACAAACUUGUCGUCUUGUCUCAACUCCGUGUGCAGUUUAAGAGAAAUAACCCGGUGGUAAAUAUCACAGUUU